GGGAGCGGCGCCGGGGGCAGCGCCCUGUUCCUGCGCACCGGCGCACAGUCGAUGCUGGCCGGGCCGCCGCCGCAGCGCUACGCCUACAGCGCCGAGAAGCUGGACUUCUCGGUGGCCGAUGCCCUCAACCAGGAGUUCCUGGCCACCCGCAGCAACGAGAAGCAGGAGCUGCAGGAGCUCAACGACCGCUUCGCCAGCUUCAUCGAGAAGGUGCGCUACUUGGAGACGCAGAACGCCGCCUUGCUGACCGAGCUGGGCCAGUCCCGGGCUAAGGAGCCCACCCGCGCCUCCGACCUCUUCCAGGAUGAGCUGCGCGAGCUGCGCCGGCAAGUCGACUCGCUGGGCAAGGACCGAGACCGCCUGCAAGUCGACAGGGACAACCUAGCCGAGGACUUGGCCGCUCUCAAGCAGAGGCUGGAUGAGGAAAUGCACAAGCGAGAAGAUGCUGAAAACAACCUGGUUCUCUUUCGCAAGGAUGUGGAUGAUGCCACCCUUUCACGCCUGGAACUGGAGCGCAAGAUUGAGUCCCUGAUGGAUGAAAUUGAAUUCCUCAAGAAACUACACGAGGAGGAGAUGAACGACAUGCAAGUGAGCAUACAUAGCCAGCAGCAGCAGCAGGUGGAGAUGGAGCAGGUUAAGCCGGAUCUGACCGCCGCCCUGAGAGAGAUCCGCACUCAGUAUGAAAGCAUCGCGGUCAAGAACCUGCAGGAGGCCGAGGAGUGGUACAAAUCCAAGUUUGCUGACCUGUCAGAUGCAGCCAAUCGGAAUCACGAGGCCCUUCGCCAGGCCAAACAGGAGAUGAACGAAUCUCGCCGUCAGAUCCAGAGCCUGACCUGUGAGGUGGAUGGACUCAAAGGAACAAACGAAGCCCUGCUCAGGCAGAUGCGAGAUCUUGAGGACCAAUAUGGGGCGGAGGUGGGCUCCUACCAAGAGACAGUGGGGCGGCUGGAGCAGGAGAUCCAGCACAUGAAGGAAGAGAUGGCUCGGCACCUCCGGGAGUACCAGGACCUGCUGAAUGUCAAGAUGGCUCUUGACAUUGAAAUUGCCACCUACCGCAAGCUGUUGGAAGGAGAGGAGAGUAGGAUUUCAGUGCCUGUCCAAUCCAUGGCAUCCUAUAGCAUCAGAACUGCAGUUUCAGAGCCGGAUCCAAGUGCAGAGAGCCACACCCGGAAGACAGUGCUGAUCAAAACCAUUGAAACCCAGGAUGGAGAGGUGGUGACCGAGUCAAGGAAGGAGCAGAGAGCUGAGAUAGAGAAGUGAGGCUGGCCACCCCAGCAAGGUCCCCUGGGGGACCCCUGAGAGAGGCGCUAAGCUCACCUCUUUGCAAAAGUCCCAGUUGCAGAUUCCCCUCUUCCCUCACUAAGCCACACUGGCCUUAUUUACGAUGUUGAUGUUGAUGAUACCUCUUACCACUGGCAGCCUUCCCACACUGUUCCGGGCUUCCUGAGCCAGCUCUCUCUGCCCUUCGGACUGUAAUCUGUCUACAGCCUGGUGGUAGUCCCAGCAGUAACCACCAAUGGUCUUGGGAGUGGAGAUGGCUUCCCCCUGCUCUUUUCUUCCACCGCCUCCCACCUCUUUGUAUCACAUUCCUUUUCACCUCUCCCGCAAAGAGCCCUUCCCCAACCAGUACCCCCCCAAAACCAAGCUGCCUUCCUGUAAAGUACCACUCACAAAGCCAGCCCACCCUAGGAACCAAUUUGCCAUGUAUGUCUAGAUUGAUUCUAAAGGCUGUGGCUUUCCAGCUCUUGUGGAAUUAAACCUCCCAGCCUCUUAGGUCCUACAGAGUGUUGCUGAGACUUGUAGUUUAGCAGUAGCUGGAAGGUCCCAGGUUCCCUACCACUGCCAAACACUUAGAUGGCUGCAGGUUGGCACGCUCUGACAACUUGCAAGGCCCACUAAGCACACCAACUUGGAAGCAUCAAAGAAGGCCAGGCGCUUGCUCAUAACCUUGCUUUACUGCUCUUGUUGAAUCUAAACAAUUCUAUGUGCUGGCUACAGACACCCUUCAUGGUUUACAAAGAUUCCCAAGAGAAUCGUGAUAGGAACUUGCUUUAUCCAGGUGCGAUAGGCGUGGCUUCCCAAUCAGUUCUCACUUUUGUGAGCUUACGGUGAGAAGGUGCAUAGUUAGCUUCAGGUGAUCGGUGCUGAAAGGGAGAAUAGCGCUGGCCAUCUUUAUGUAGGGCUAUUUUAAGGUUGACAAGGCAAUGCAACUAAAGCAUUUUAAAAAAUUAAAUGGCAACCGGUGUUCAUUUCCUUAGUUGUUCUGAGAGUUAAUGAAAUGCAUCAAGGGAGUGUAAGUGGAGACUACGACUUCAGAUCUUCUCAAACAAGCUCCCAAAUGAAGUUGUAUAAAACAGGUGAUUCAUUGUCUUUUAUUGUUUAAAGCAAAUUUUGUAAGGGAAUCUUUAAAAAAAAACACCCUCCAAAAUAAGCCUUCUGACCCUCUAGUGGUAAUUUUAAGAAACUGAUCCAGUAAGUGUUUAUUCAGAAGCCUCAAGCCUUUCUUAACUGUUUGACUUCCUUCCACUCAAAUAUAAUUUUUACUUCACUUUUAAAAGUGAUGUCAAUUUUGCCUUUUAAGACACAAGUGAAGCUAGAAAGCUACCUUAACACUUGAAAUUGUGAUUCACGGAGAGGAGAACAUUUUCCUGUUCAGCUCUUUAAUGCUCCUUUAAUGUCUGAUAAGCAAUUUUUUUCUGCUCUCUUUUUGGGAGAAAGGACCAGAACAGGUCAAGAUCAUCAUGGAAUUCUCCUUCAUCUGCACAGCAUAUAAUUAAGGGUUGUGCAGGCAAAGAAAGCAGAGGAGCAGCUCUAGAAAUCUGGAAAAAAACAUCAAACUGCCUUUAACUCAAAAGGUCAAACAAAUUGCAGAAC